UCAUUUUUAUUCCUGCGAAUGUGUUAAUUGAUGUGUUGCACUCACAAAGUUGUCCAUUGUUUAUAUUAUGUAAUUACAAUCUAUUAAUUGUGAAUGAGACUUUCCUGUUUUUACACAUGAUUUAUUCAAACGAAUGAAGUUAUUAUAAUACUUAAUUGAAAUCUUCAGAAAUAUUGAUCAUUUAUUAUGUAACGAUUAUACAUUUGUAAAUAUGAAUUCGUAAUGUAUUUACUUUUAUUUAUUUAAUUCAUAUAUAAACAUUAUAACUGAAGAUCAUCAUGAAGUAUCUUACAUAUCUUCAUCUAUGUAUUUCCAUUUUGUCUCAAUUUUCGGUUAACGGAAUGACUGAACCUCUUACGCUAUAUACGACGGAAGCCUUUUUCCUUCCGAUCAGUAAAAAUUGGUUUGAACCUUUAAAUUCUGACAUUGAUGCAGAUAUAGAAUACCAAGCAUCUCUUCUUGAUAUGCCGGAUUUACCGAAGUGGAUGCAUUGUCGUCAUCCAAAUGGAUCUGAUAUUGCAUUUUUAUAUGGUGCACCAGAAGAAGCAGGAGGGGUUCAAAUUGAAAUUAUUGCAUUGAAUAGAAACAAAUAUGAAACAUAUCGUAAAGUGAUCAGCUUUAUAGUAGAAAAAAAGAAAAAAGAGGCUCGUCAUGAAGUAGAAUUAAAAUUUUCAAAUUUAAAUGUUGAAGAUAUGUUUGAAGGUGAGAGGCUACAACAAUUAAUUAAAAUCUUUGAGAACAGCUUAUGGAGAAAAUCUCAUCAAAGUGAUGUGAUAUAUGUGACAAUGAUUGCUUCAGCCAUUGAUGUUGGUGGGAGAUUCCCUGUAAAUCCUAGAGAGAAAGAAGGUGUGGUUGUGAGAGUUGGUGGCACUGAUAACUUUUCUAGAGACUUACUUGAUCUUGAAAGAGAAAUUCAACCACUUAGAGUAUUAAAAGUACCUUGCCCCAGAGAUUAUAAACGCACAUCUGCUGAACAUCUUUUUAGAAGAGAAGAUUUCAUAUCUGAUUGGUGCAGUUUUCGUUUGGUUAAAGAAGAAAAACAGCAGUCAGGAUAUGGUAAACCUAGUCCAUCUUAUUCUUCAAUUCCUUUAACUAGUGAUGAUUUUAGGCCACAAACCAUUAGUCUUCCUAGACGUGAUUUUAUGCUGGAUUUCAUUGUGUCUAUAGUUGUCCCUGCUGUGGUUGUUGUUAUCCUACUUACAUCAUUAGUUUGUGUUAUGUGUUGUGGAAGAGAAGGACUGGAGAAAAGAAACAGAAAUACAUCCAGUGUACAAAUGAAUCAAUAUAAUUCAAUUCAGAGAGCAAGCAAUCAAUUAUGUCAUUUAUCAAAUAAAAGGGACAGUUUUCCUCAGUCUAGUUCAACUCCAGGAUCUUCUCUUCCUCGUUCUAGAACAGGAAGUCCAUCUUCAACUUUGCCAAAAUCUAAUACCCUAAGGUCAGCUAGUCGAACUGGAACACUUCGAGGAACUGGUCCUCCACCACCACCUCCAUAUACUCCACUUAAAACAUGUGGAAUAAGCCAAACUUUGCAUUAGAAGAUUGUUUAGUCAAUAUAAUUGAUUGUCAUACCAGUAUUAUACUGAAAUCAUUCUUGUAAUUUGAUAUUGUUAUAGCUGUUGUAGCUUUAUUACUAUCCAAAUAGCUAAUAUUCUACAUGUAAUUCAAGAUAUAACUUUGUAAAUGAUACACACAUAGAAUAUAUGAAUUAUCUCUGACUGAUUUAAUCUAUAUCUGUAAGUUAAAUUACAGAAUCUAUCUCAGAAUUAUUUUAAAUAAGUUAAUUUAGACAUGAUAUUUAUUAACUUUGGUAAAAAUUAUUAGUUAAAAAUAUGAAAUAAUAAAUAUUUCUUGUUGUUAUAUAAUAAAUUAAGU